AUGUCCACUUUUUUUUUUUUAAUUUUCAAAAUUGAUGAUAAAUUUCAAAGUACUAUAGAGUAUCCUUUUGGCCAUCGUCCAAGUAACAGUUUUGGUGGUUAUCGUAAUCAUCAUCAGCAACAUCAACAGCAGGAUCAUCAUCAUCAUCAUCAACUUGAUAUGAAAGAUCAUCUUAUCACAUUAUCAUCGAAGUAUUCGACUACUGAUACAUCUACCAAUGAAAUGAACGAUUUUAACUUACCUCAAAUGAUAUUAUCAUCAAAGAAAAAUUUGAAAAGCGAAUCAGAAAAUGAUGAUGAUAAAAUGAUUAAAGAAGAGAGAAAGGAGAAAAUACAAAAAGCGGUGAUAAUAUAA